AUGAGUACAGCUAGGUUUAUCAAAUGUGUUACAGUUGGAGAUGGUGCUGUUGGAAAGACUUGCAUGCUUAUAUCUUAUACAAGCAAUACCUUUCCCACAGAUUAUGUUCCAACUGUGUUUGACAAUUUCAGUGCUAAUGUAGUUGUGGAUGGUAGUACUGUUAAUCUUGGUUUAUGGGAUACUGCAGGACAAGAAGAUUACAAUAGACUAAGGCCUUUGAGUUAUAGGGGAGCUGAUGUGUUUUUGUUGUGUUUUUCUCUCAUCAGUAAAGCAAGUUAUGAGAACAUUUCUAAAAAGUGGAUAUCUGAGCUGAGACAUUAUGCACCAAAUGUGCCAAUUGUGCUGGUAGGAACAAAACUAGAUUUGCGAGAGGACAAGCAGUUUUUUCUUGAUCAUUCUGGAGCCACUCAAAUAACCACUGCUAAGGGUGAAGAGUUAAAGAAAAUGAUUGGAGCAGUUUCUUACAUUGAGUGCAGCUCUAAAACACAGCAGAAUGUGAAGGUAGUAUUUGAUGCUGCAAUAAAGAUUGCAUUGAGGCCACCAAAGCAAAAGAAGAAACCACGCAAGACAAGAACAUGUACUUUCCUCUAG